UUAGAACGGUUCGGCGCGAUGGUGGAAAAGCGCUCCUAGAUCCAUAUUUGAGCCAACUUGAAUCUCACGUUUUGUCACGUUACAGCAGACACAGAUUUAAAACCUCUACAACAUAAUCUUCCAUUUGCAAUAUUUCUGGAUUUAGAGUUUAUUUGUCUUCAUGUGAAGCUAAGGAGGUUUUACGUCUUGUGUUAACUGCAGUUCUCCCCGCUGCAAUUGGCUGUGAUUGAUGAGAUGGCAUUUCUGUGACAGAAGCGGGUCUUAAAUGGCUGUGACACGGGGUGUCAGAUGACACGUGAUGUGGCACAUGUCCAUGACUAGCUCGAAGGCUCUUAUUCGGCACAAACAGGCUCAUUACUCUGUUAGUUUUAAAGACGGACCGAGUAAGUAGAUGAAGCUAUCGUGCCUUUAAGCGGCGCUCGCUCGGAGCUGCAGAAAUAGGCCGAACGUUCUGUUUACGAGCUUGGUGCUUUCAACAGCUCGUAACGCCCGCUUCUCCACACAUACUGCUGAAUUCAAAGUACGGAUGCCGUUCGGAAACCCGGUCCCACUGGUUCGGUACAAAAUGAUGCCAGAACCCAUUUCACUUUAUUUCCUGUAACUCUAUCCCGGUGGGGUAAAAAUAUUAGCAGAAACUCUAGACCGUCUUCUGCUGGAGGAGGUUGCAGGCUGUUCCACCUCGCUCCGUCCUGGCAUGCAUGCAGAUUGUUGUUUUUUUCUGCAUUGACCAGCGGCAGGGCUUCAGGGGGUUGGAGGGGGGUUCUUGCGAAACCGCAGAAGGAGCAGCUGAUAUGCCAGAGGAGAGGGUUUCUUUCUGCUUGAAACAGUUGACUCUGUGAGGCUCAGCUGGUGACGGUAUAGUCCUCUCUGUUACCCGCUGUUUUUAUGUUGCGUUUGACCUCACAUGUCCGGUAGCUUCUGAAGAGCUUCGGGAGGAAUGUCGGUUGUCACCGCUGCUAUUUUGGCUAUGCUGAGCUGCUAAUGAUCGGGACCGGGAGCAGUCACUGUGCUGGGUUCUUUUAUUUCUUAUUUUAUUCCACGAGAAGGCUUGCCAUGUCGUGCUUUCCUCCGAAACCCCGUGGACUAGGACCCUAGACCUCAUGGCACGACAACUGCGAUUGCAUUUCGCUUCGAGGCGAAGCAACACGGACCCUCUGUCAGAGAGUUGCACUCGUGUUGAGGACUGCACGCUGACUGCUGGCAGCCGGAGCUCCACUGAAGGACUGGCAUGUAGCUCCGUUCACGUGAAGGUGACACCAGGACAGCUGUCCCUGGCUUUGCCACCCUUGUCACCAGAGUAUGGUAAUUUACAGCGCCACUCCACUGUAUUUAUUCCCAAGGUAAACGGAAGCAGAAAAAGCACGCUGCAGGUCUCCUUGCAGCCCUGCAAACAGAGCGGCGACGCAGACGAGGGAGAGAUCGCAACCUGCGACGGCGGCAACGGGAACACGUAUGAUGGAGGCUCUUGUAGCAGCAGCACGGCGAGCGAUGCAGGUUACUGCAGCAGCAGCAGCAUCUUCGAAUCGGACGUCCCGGAGCGCAAGACGGCUCAGGACAGGGUCGUCUCGCGGCGGAAGGCGAGGGCACCCCUGCGUCGCUGCUCUUCUCUGGUGAUUUUCCCACGGAGCCCCUGCACCACGCCGCCCGCAUCCCCCGUCAGUCCCGUAGCAUCUCCCAUGAUCCCUCCGCUUCCUCCAUCUGCACGAGGGUCCUUUCAGACAUCGCAUCAGAUGCAGCUGUCCAGUGCCGAUACGGCGCACGAUGACGCGUCAAAGGGAUACGUCGCCACUGCGGUCAACGGUCUGCGGAUGUCCAAAAGCAGCUGCACGUCUGCCGAGCACAGAGACGCCAAACCAAUCGUGCAUUUCAGCGUGCUGCCGGAACCGGAGCGAACGGAAAGACACUCCAGCGCUUUACUGCGACUUCCUUCAGGGAAAGGAAGUUCAGCAAAGACGAAACUUAACAUUGACUCUUCCAAACCUCCCGACUGCCCUCAAACAGACGACGCGCCUGAAGCUCAGAAGGUGAAGCUUUUCCGCAGCACCUCAGCCUGUAUGCUGCCCAGCGGAAGGUCGGAAAGAAGACACGAUACCUGUCCGACCGGCAGUAAUUCAGAAAAACCUUCAAAAAAAGACUACCGGCAUGUUCUUCACAGGAGCAUUUCUUUGGAUGUUCCCUGUGCUAACACCGAGAUAUCUUGUCACGUUUCGAAUGCGCCACACGUACACUCCAGGAGUGGCCCGCCGCACGUACACAUCCAUGUGUCUCACGGCACCAAUGCAAAAAAACCAAACAACAACGCAACCGACCAAACGAAGGAUGAUCCAACCUGUGUGGAGAGAAGAGCAACAGUAAGCCUUUCUAUCUGAUCGCAUGUGAAAGAUUUUUAUUGCAUAAAAGUGUCAUUUGCCUUCUUUAAAAUUAUUAAAGUUCAUAAGUGUAGGGUGAGUCUUUAACUUUUUUUUGCUGGAGUUGUUUUUUCUCUUUAAAUUGCAUGUCAUGAAAAAGUUGUUUUGACAUCUGAAUGUUGUUGCUGUGGUUUGUGUAUUUUGUAAUGAGUUGCAUUCGACUCCUUUCUAUUGAAACAUUUUAAAAAUAUAAAAGAAUCGAUUGAUCAGAUGUUGCUCUUUCAUAGCUCAGAAGAUCUGAUGGAGUUCUCAAGUGCGUUUCAUUUAUGCGUCAACUUUGUCUCAAAUGUUUCUCCAAAAAAUGUUUCGCCCAAGAAUUGUUUAGGAGAAAUAAAAAGAGAAUCACAUGUGAGUGUAAUUGUUAAACAACACAUGAAGAGUCUGGAGGUGUAAAUGAAUGUAGAUUGUAGAGGUGAAAUAAUCAGGAUUUGAGUAAAUGUGAUGAGAAAUGUUUGAGUUCAUAUUGAGAUCUUAAUAAUAUUGACUUUUGAUUUCAGACGAGACAAAUCUGAGCUCAGUUUGACACAUUGUCGACAUCUCUUCUCAAACUCUCAUGACACACACAUUUGUCACAUUUCUGACUCUUUUUCUCACAGAUGAGACUUGAACAAAAAUUCUCUUCGGGUUGACAGAUUGUGAGAUACUUGCAGACAUAAUUUUGCAGAGCUAAUUUAACUUUUAAUGGGUGAUGGCUGUAAAUUCACACAGUCUAACGUGAAUCAAACAUUCAGCAGUAUUGCGCAAGUAGACUUGCACACAGAUAAAAUGUCAAAAUUAAACCCGAGCGUCUGAGCGCACGUGUUGUAUUUUAUAAGACGUUUUCUUUAUUGAUGUGGGAGGUGUAAGUAUCUCAGUGAUAACGAUGACUCUCCUCCAGCCCCGGCUCUAUAAAUACACAGGCUUUCAAAUAUUCUGCUCGACUCCAGCGAGUCUGGCCGUACAGCGCGCUGCUCAGCUCUCUGGAUUCAACAUGAUACGCCGGGACUGCACACGGCCACUCUCAGCUGUUGGGCCAAAGGUCAGCUGAGAGACGACUGAUAGGUGGAGGCGGCGACUGAGCCGUGCCAGUCCUCUUCUGUUAAGGAUAAUGUGUUCAGUACCCAGCGGGACGUCCCGCAGCCGCCGCGUGUUUUCAGAGCAUCAGGUGUCUCACUCUCUUACCCCUCGACUCAUUCAUUUGCACAUUCUUGGUCACUUUAACAACGUGCUGGAAACAAGUGACACAUGCAGUUCACAGUAGCUGUAAACUUUAUUGUCACUGUGUGUGCGUGCGUGCGUGCGCGCGUGUGUAUUUGUAUAAUAUCGUGCAUGUGUGUGUUGGUGUGCUAAAGGUUUGUUAAAUGAUUGUGUGCGUGUGUUUGGUAGUCGAUGAUUGUGUGUCUGUUCACUAGGGUUUAUUUGCGUGUGUGUGUUUGUGUGCGUGUGUUGUGUAUUUCCACAGUGGUUUGUGUGUUUGUUAAGCUCUUGUCAGUCAUCAGAGCUCUACCUGUAACCUCUCUCCUCUAAUGGUGCCUGACAACUCAUCAGAUUGAUGAAAAGAAUGAAGAACGGCAAUUCAUCAGAGCUUCUUCAUAAAAACAUCGUUCAUCUUCAGUCAAAAUAAAAUAAAAAGAAUCAAAGUGUCUCCUUUCUUUUUGAUCGUCAUUGAGGCUGCACAAGGCUUUGUUUAGUAUGUGAAUGUAAACUCAUUUCUUCAGGUGUCGUUUGAUGACACGAGUGUGAAUGAAGGUUUAUGAUGUGCUGCUACAUUUACAGGAUGAACCGUGUGACCUUUGUAGUUUGAGUGAAGUUGUGUGUUAUCUGCAGGACGUGAACCAGCGGUCACGCUUCUCUCGUAGAAGAAAAUGUUCCUCUUUCAUCUUGCGUCAUUACGUCUUCUCUUCAGACGUUUUCUGUUUUCCUCUCAUUAGCGGGACAGACGAGGUCAAACGGAUCUGACCACAGCAGCAACUUUUACUGUGCUGUCCUCUUUGAAAGUCUUUCAGGACUAUAUUGUAGUAUUCUAUUCUAUUGUGUUGGGUUUUACUUUUUAGAUUUAGUUUGUCUGAAUAGUUGUGCUAACAUCAGCAGACUUCUCGUGACGCUGACUCUGGUGCUUUAGCGUGGUGAGGUCCAGUGUUUUUCAUGUGGCGGAGUGACAGAAUUACUCUGUGGUUUGACCUGAAUUCAGAACAAACAGGCGAACGGUGACGAAUGAGGGAAAACAUCUGUGUUAAUGUCGUUGUUGAGCUCUGAACGCUGUACGAGAAUAAAAUGAUCGUUUGAAAGCAAAGCAGUCUCGUGAUGUUGAUGGACCUAUUUCAGUGCUAAAUAACCAAACAUCAGAACGAUGAAUCUUUAAUGCCUGGUUUAUGUGACGUGUGUUUGACGUGUCACGUUGCUUUAGUUGGUUUAAUGAUAGCGUGUGUGUAAAGAUGGGUGUAAUUUUGUUUAACAGGGAAUGAAAGCCAGCGCGGGCUGGAAAACACUUCAGUGGGAAUGAUUUUGCUCUGAAAACAAUCUCUCUUUCUGUUCUGGCCUAUUUUUACAUUCACUUUAUAUGUCUCUCUACCUUCAUAAAGCCUCAUAUAUAUGUGACCCUGGACCACAAAGCCAGGCACAAGGGUCAAUUAUGAAAUUGAAAUUUGUACAUCACAUGAAAGCUCAAUGAAUAAGCUUUCCAUUGAUGUAUGGUUUGUUAGGGUAUGACAAUAUUUGGAGAUCUGAGGGUGCAAAAAAAUCUAAAUAUUGAGAAAAUCGCUUUUAAAGUUGUCCAUGCAAGGGCUCAACCAAAAAGGACUGCCGAUGACAAACAUGUCAUUGUAUCGUAACGAAAGUUUAUAAUUUGCACGUUUUUAUGCUCAUUUAAAUAUUCUUAAAAGAUGCAAAAGAGAACUCGAUUCUGUUCUUACGGGGUGUUUAAAAUAAAUAAAUAUGCAAACGGCCAGAAAGCCGCAACACAGACAACGUGCAAAAUACUGAAUUGAGUUCUCUUUCAUGUCUUCUUACUCUUAAACGGACAAAUGCACAUAAAAUGUUGCCGAAAUGCCCAUAUUAGCAAGCAUCCUUAUAAAAGUAAUCCAUUAUGUCUUAAAUAAACGUAAACCGUUUGGAAGCAAAACGCAUGCAAUCUCUUAAAGGGGCAGCAGCAUAAUAAAGAUCUUUUUAAUGUUCAUCAAACAACAAAGGACGAAGACAAAAUCACUCAGCUCUUGACUGAUUGAAUUAUAAUUUACAGGCCCGGUUUCAUAGACAAGGCUUAGCCUAAGCCAGGACUAUGCCUUAGUUAAUUUAGGCUAUUUAAGUCGCUUUUAUUAAAAUGCUUUAUAAGAAUCCCCCUUACUGAUGUGCAUCUUGAGACAAAACAAUGGCACUGACAUAUGUUAAGAUAUGUCCCGGCAAGUUAUUUUCAGUUAAGAUAGCUCAAAAUUAAUUUUAGUCUGGGACUAGUCUUAAACCUUGUCUGUGAAACCGGGGCAUAGCAAGAUAAAGUAAGAUGUAUUCAAUAUUUCAUUCAAAACACUGAUUAUUUGUUUUUGUAUAUUUGUUACAGAAUACUUUGAUCACUUGUCUUAUUUUAUCACUUUAUUUGAAAUUACAGUGAGUUAGGCUAAUAGUUUUUUAUGGUACAUAGGUAAAGGUAUUACAUAGGUAAAACAACAAACAAAUAACUAGACAAUAUUAUUUAGUUCUAAUAACUUUUUUUGUGGUGGGGACAGUGAAAACUUUGGCAGGGCCAGUGAAAAUUUGAAUCACUUGCCUGACCGGGCCAGUAGAAAAAAGGCCGUUGCUAAGAAGAAACAGGUUUGUUUCAAUGCUGUCUAUGGGCUCACCGCUGUAAUGAUGUUGUAGAGAGUAGAAGAACCUGAAAUUCUCACAUAGAGACCAAACUUGAGUGGCUCAUUCCUAAAGAGCGGCAGCAGUGAGCGAAGUUUGUAGGCAUGUUUCCAGCCCAUUUUUGUUCACGAUUUUGCUGCAUCCACUCACAAAAGUAAAGUUUUGACAUAUUUACGGUAGGAAAUUUACAAAAUAUCUUCAUGCAACACGAAGAUUCUGUGUGUUUUGUAUGUUGCUGUGGUUGCUCGAGAGUUCAAGUGGUUGUUAAACGGACAGUUCACCCAAAUUGAAAAAUCACAUGUGGUUUAAACAUUUGACUUCAGUGGAACACAACAGAAGAUAUUUUGAGAAAUGUGUCUGUGGUUUUGUGUUCAUACACUGGAAGUCAACGGGGUUCAGUGUUGUUUGGUUAUCAACGUUCUUCAAAAUAUCUUCUUUUGUGUUCUGCAGAAGAAAGAAAUUCAUACAGGUUUGACAUGACAUGCGAAUGAUGACAGAAUUAUCCUUUAUUGUGAUUUUUAUUAUUUCAGGGUUUGCUGAAUUUCAUUCCGUUCUCAUCUUAAUGUUU